AUGCCGCGACGAUUCAUGGCAGAGAAAGCAGGAGCAGGAGCAGGAGCAGGAGCAUGGUUGGCGAUGCUACUGGUCAUGCUGAUGCUGCUACAUCAGCCCGUGCAAGCUCAGAGAACUUGUGGUGUCUGCACCUUCCAGGUCGUCAGCGGACAAGUUCUUAACAAGACGGUAGGAGGAGACUGCGGGACUGGUUGUACAGUACUUGAUCUCGAAGACUUUGGAUUCAGCAGCAUCGCAGACGGAGCUUUGACAGCCUCAGACCUUACCAGCAUGACACAGCUCUAUAUGGGCACAAACCAGCUGACAAGCAUACCUACAAGUAUCAGCGAACUGACCAGCUUGACGUAUCUCUACCUGAACAACAAUUAUUUGACGAGCAUACCAGAUGGCUUCUUCGAUAAGCUCACAAAUCUGACACGUCUCGAUCUAAGCGGAAACCAGCUGACAACCGGAGACCCUCUGCUCUGCUCGUGCCCUGCUGGCUUCUUCCCUCAGCUCUCUCUCGGGCUCUACACCUGCCAGCCUUGUCCCCCAGCCUCCUUCAAGUCUGCCCCGGGCACGGCAAACUGCUCCGCCUGCUCCACCAGCCCCUGCGACGUGGGGCAGUACCGGCAGGCCUGCAACAGCACGAGGGACGGGGAGUGCGGGGAGUGUACGAACAAGAUGGCGGGGGAGACGGUGUACGUGGGGUCAGGGUAUCCGUACGAUCAGAACGCCUGUGCUUGGGACUGCAAGGCAGGGUACAUGCUGAGGAUGGACGAGAGCUGCUCGGCCUACUGCGAGAUGGUGUAG